AUUUCAAUGUCAUAUAAAUAUGUUAGAUCUGAAGAAGUUACUUGGGCAUGCAAGGCCAGCAAAGCCACGAAUAUUUUCGCUGUCAAGCGAAACCAACGCCUGGAGAUCGUCGACCAAAUAUUCCCGUUCCUGCCUAUAAAUGUACCUGAAGAUUUCGUUUGCGCUGCCUUGGGGUUUUGACAUAAGCAUACCUAUGAACGUAAAACAACCAAUGUCUCCUUUACCAAGGAGGCAUUGAAACAACAUACCCAAAUAAAAAAAUAUUGUUUGUGGCGCCCUCUGCUUCAACAACUGCAAUUUUAAAGGCGUGAUCGCGGGCGACGGCUUGAUCGGCUCUCGGAGCAUGCGCAGUCGGCGAAGACACGUUUCACGCGGUAGGAUUGCUUGUUUAUAUUAAAAUAAAACUGAGGUACCAGCUGCCUGCUGAACCGUUUUCCCGUCGAAAAUGGGUGGGCUUCUGAGCUACUUCAGAGGCUUGCUGGGCAGUCGGGAGAUGCGGAUCCUGAUACUGGGUCUGGACGGUGCUGGGAAGACUACCAUUUUGUACCGGUUGCAAGUCGGCGAGGUUGUUACAACCAUUCCGACUAUUGGAUUCAAUGUUGAACAAGUCACAUAUAAGAACCUCAAGUUCCAGGUGUGGGACUUGGGUGGUCAGACAAGCAUCAGGCCAUACUGGCGGUGUUACUUUUCUAACACCGAUGCCAUCAUAUACGUUGUUGACAGUGCAGACAGAGACCGUAUUGGCAUAUCUAAAGAAGAGCUAGUUUCCAUGCUUGAGGAAGAAGAGCUGAAGAAGGCUAUUCUUGUGGUUCUUGCCAACAAGCAGGACUUGGACGAAGCUAUGACAGUGUCCGAGAUACACACAGCACUUGGUCUAGAUGCACUGAAGAACCGCACGUUUCAAAUAUUCAAGACCUCCGCACUCAAAGGAAAUGGCCUUGACGAAGCCAUGGAAUGGUUAUCAAAUGCACUUACCAACAACAAGUGACCGACGAUCAAGCAAAGAGGGAGGCUUCAGCCACGCCAGUCCACCAUCAUUGUCACCUCAAAGUGCGCGCUUGCGGAGAAGUGUGGAAAAGAACAGUUCCCGAGGCUGCCGACAAAAAGCGAGAGGAGCAGCGGUGCAGAAGAACUGGCUGUGCGCAGCUUGGCGGCGCGGCGUGUGGCCACGCUUGCGUGCCACGCGUGGACCCUGGUGCACAUUGGGAAGAAGGCCUUGGAGUGUGUCGCUUCUCUGCCAUUCCCCAUCUCUAGUCUGUGCCGAGAAAGCGAGGAGAGCCGCAGUUUGUGUUUUUGUCCCCUUGCUGAAAGCUCCUCAAUAGCCCCGACAUGUCGGAAACAUUCCUGGCUGGCUGGUUGGUCGAAUUGUUUUGUAUCUUCUGGUUAGGUGACUGUGUAAUUGAAGCUUUUUUUUUAUGUGUGUGUCUUUUAAGUCCAAGAUAAAGCUGAGUGUUUUUCUCUUGGA